ACUUUAUUUGAUGUUGAUCAAAUUGUUUAAAGCAGAUAGAAAACACAGCUUCCGUAGGCCACAUUUCCACGCCCUCUGAAGCAACAGGCGGAACAUCCGCGCGGCCGAACGCACCGCUGGCGUGAGCACGCCGCGGAGCUCUCACUUCCUGCUUGUUUCCGCGCUGUUGUGCCUCUAAAGACUUUCCAAACAAGUGCAUUCUGAGACGUGUUGGUGAUUUGAUCACCACCAGCAUCUCUCUUAGAGAACUAACAAAAACCGCACAUUUGCUCGUGGCAAAUUCAUCAGAUUUCCUGGUGCGUCUGGAGCCGACGCUGUGCGUAAAAAUGUCGCUGCCGCAGCAGAUACGAGACGAAAGUGACUUUGACCAGCUUCCACAUAACAUCCCUGUCAGUGCCACCAUUGCUGAUAUUGAAGAGAAGAAAGGCUUCAUAGACUACUAUAGGUUUGUGGUUGAAGUGAAGACUAAAGGAGGGGGCAAGUAUCUGAUCUACAGGAGGUACAGAGAGUUUUUCAACCUUCACCAAAUCUUGGAGAGCAAAUACUCCCCCGAAGACCCUGAUAGAAGCAGUCCCAACACCUGCAUCCUGCCUCCUCUCCCAGGAAAGAUCUACAUUGGAAACAAGAGGGAGAUAGCGGAGAGCAGAAUCCCUGAACUCAACACCUACAUUAAGAGGUUGCUGGGGUUACCAACAUGGAUAUUACUGGAUGAGACUCUCAGGAUGUUUUUUUACCAGACAGAACAGGACAGUCAGCACGAACCACGAGCCCUCAGACGUCUCCGUCCACAAACCCGCAAAGUGAAAACAGUCAUAACACAGAAGAAGGACAUCUUCUCUUCACCCAGAGCCGAGGCGAUGUUUGACUUUCGCGGUAAUGGCAAGGCAGAGUUAAACCUAAGGAGGGGAGAAGUGAUCUUCCUGCUGCGGAGAGUCAACGCCGACUGGCUGGAGGGUACGGUGAACAAUCAAACGGGAAUUUUCCCAGAAUCCUUUGUGAAGAUUAUUAAACCCCUUCCAGACAGCGACUCAGAAGGUGAAAACGGUGGCCACACCUACAGCUGCCUGCGCUGCUUCCUGCUCACCCCGUCAGGAAUUGAAACUAGGGAUGUGUGUGUCCAAGAGGACCUCAACAUCCAGCCAACGUACAAGGACCUGCUGUCUCGUAUGAGAAAUGUCUUCAAGGUGGAUGACAUUGCGGUGAACUACCACGACCCAGAGGGUGAUCUUAUCCGUAUCCUUGACGACGAGGAUGUCCAGCUGAUGCUCAAGGAGGCCAGGGGUCAACAGGGCAAAGUCAAUAGACCUGUCAAUCAGUUUCCAUGGGAACUGCAGGUGACCAUGUCCUCUGACUUCUCUGUUUACAACACUGAGCCCUGAGAAAUGAGGCAGCAGCAGAAAUACGGUCUCAGAAGGAAAGGAACAUUUUGAAAUAAGAGUGUUUCUUAGCUUAUGGCUUCUAGGAUUCUAAAUGAAGUUAUUUAAAGAGCAAGUCACCCCCUACAAGAAACUUAAUUCACUCCCACUUCAUGUUUGAAAAAUGCAACAAAUGCUGUUGCUUGGCAGAUCAAGAGGGCGGAGCCGCUAACAAAUACACACACACACACACACACACACAGGCUCACAAUGGCAUUAUGACAUCAUAAUAUACCAGAUGACAUCAUAGCAUACCUCUUAGCCAAUAGCGGUGGCAGAUUUAAAUUCAAAUACAGUGCAGAAUUUUUCCCUGACGACGGCGCAACACUGACAGUUUUAGGCAGAAUAUUUGAAUUUUAACCAAGAUGCACUGAACUGCCAAAUUAUUGACUACACGUGUCUGUAGCAUGAUUAGACACUCCUUUAUAUAGUUUAUCAGCAAAAAAAAAUGUGAUUUGGAGGUGACUUGCUCUUUAAAAUGUUGCUAACGUGUAUUUAGUUCAGUAGUUUCAGGAGAGUAAAUUCAGUCUAUCUAAUCAUAGAUCUAUAUCUAAUUAUCUAAUCAACUAAUAUUUUAUAUUAUUCAGAUUAAACAUUUCAAGUGUAAAAAAAGUUCUGAAAUAAGGAAACAAAACAAAACAAAAAACCUCUGAAAAAAGUUCUAGAUGCAUUUUGAAUAUUAUUUGUUGAGGGAAUAACCCAGGGACACGUCUCAGUUUAUGAUUAGAGUCUCAUUUAGUUUAUGUCUUCGUUCACACUCGCCUCAGGAAAGUAAAAGUGUUACUUGUGCUUGCUGAGUUUAUUAUAAGCACUCCUAAUGUGUCCAUUAUUGUCCUGUCUGGUAAAGGCGCCCAAAUCACCAGAAGAAACAGAUUUCCUCUUAAAUAUAAACACGUCUGCAAGUGUUUUACUUCUGAAAUCUUUAUGUUAAAAAAGCUCAAUUGUAAAGAAAAAUAAAUCACAUUAAAGGAAAAUGUUAUCAGUUUGCAAUCUUACUUUGUAACCACUUAAAUGGGAUUUCUGGCCACACACAGGAGAAAAUGAUGCAUUAAUGGGUGUUUUUGUGAUGCUCUGUUGCUGUGAGGACCAGCAUGAAGAUCAGCUUUAACACACAUCUGGAAUGAAUUAAAAAUAGAAGCAACACGCUGUCAGAAAAAAACCAACAACUCUGAGACGGACACACCACGACCUUCAACGUUUUAUUUGUGAGUUCCAAUCAAAGUAAAGAACUACAAGGUGAAGAAACAAGUCAUUCCUUUUUGGUUUUAUUUAACUCUGCUUCCACCAUCACUGAUGGGUUUCUUAAGGCAGCAAGGUGUGGCAACGUGGAGAAACGAGGGCCCGGUGUUAUGGUCUACACCUCUUGAUUGAUCUUAAUUUGUGUUUCUUCUCUGUGCACGUUGGCUGUGGCUCUUCCUGCAGCUCCUACCCCUCUGUGGUGCACCGGGGAGUGCCACAGCUGACUGCAAUAUCCUGAUUGCCACACCAUGUAUUUAAGCAGCUGUUCCCAGUGCAUGGUGUGGCGUUGUUGUGUAGUGUUGCUUCGAGUCUGUGGAACAUCAUUAGUAGGGAUGUAAGAAAAUAUCGAUAUGGCAAUAUAUCGUGAUAUUUUUUCCAGAUAUAUUAUAUCAAUAUUCAAAAGCCGUGUAUCGGAAAUACUGAUAUGGCAAUAUAUCGUGAUAUUUUUUCCCUGCGAUUAUUACAUCGAUAUUCAAAAGCUGUGUAUCUGAUUUUUGAAAGAAUUUACAUACAAACAUUUGUGUAUUUUCUUUUCGUUUUGUGCAAUUCAAUCGCCAACCGCUAGUUGGCAGCAGUGUGCAACGGUUUUGUUUCCACCAUUGAAAUGUAAAUCCCCCCAUCAUGGUUCAGAUACCUCAUGUUAAACAUGUUACGUAUCAGUUUGGACUGUUUAUUGAACAUUCUUACAAUAAAUUCAGUAAAAAAAUUG